AUGCUUCGUCUCGUCCACUUCCGUCUGAAAAUCAGACCAACAGGUCGGCUGUUCUGCUCUCAGACUGAUCCCGUUCCAUUGGGCAAAUUGACCGUAUCGGCAGUGAGAGAGACAUUUAAAGGUGAACAACGUGUUGCGUUGAGUCCGGCCGCUGUUAGACAACUAUGUGGUAAAGGAUUUAACGUCCAGGUGGAAAACGGUGCUGGCACCGGUGCUUGCUGGACUGAUGAGGAAUAUGUCAGUCAGGGAGCAAAAAUCGUCGAUAAUAAGGCGGCAUUUCAAGCGGAUAUUGUUUUAAAGGUGCGCCCUCCAUCGCUAAGUGAGGUACCGUUGCUCAAGAGGGAAGCAAUACUGAUUUCAUUUAUAUAUCCAGACGCCAAUAAGGCGAUUGUCGAUGAAUUGGCAAAACGAAAACUAAAUGUUAUUGCAAUGGACUGCGUUCCGAGGAUAUCGAGAGCUCAGGUGUUCGAUGCACUAUCGUCCAUGGCAAACAUCGCUGGGUACCGUGCUGUCGUUGAAGCUGCUCAUCAUUUUGGUCGAUUCUUUACUGGACAAAUCACUGCCGCUGGCAAGGUUCCACCAGCUAAAGUAUUAGUUAUUGGAGGUGGUGUUGCUGGUCUCAGCGCAAUAGGUACAGCAAGAGGAAUGGGUGCUAUAGUUCGUGGUUUUGAUACCAGAGAAGCAGUCAAAGAACAGAUACAGUCGCUGGGCGGCGAAUUUCUUACUGUUUCCGUCAAAGAAGAGGGCGAGGGAAUCGGAGGCUAUGCCAAAGAGAUGAGCAAAGAAUUUCUCGAAGCUGAGAUGGAUCUCUUCGCAAAACAAUGCAAGGACGUGGAUAUAAUCAUUUCGACGGCACUCAUUCCAGGGAAGCCGGCACCUCGGCUGAUCACAGAGGUUUGA